AUGGCUAAGGACAAGCAGCCCGCCCAAUACGGUUCCACUGGAGCACGGAACAACAGUUUUAUCACUGAGCGCGAGGUUGACGGCGAGCGUCGUUCGAUCCGCAUCUACCACGAUGGUCGGGUAUCGCAGCGCGAGGGCCAAGAUGGCCCCGUUCGAACACCAGCCAGCAGCACUGGAGCUGGCCCUAGCACCGAGACCGUCCGCAAGACUACGACUGCUCCCAAGUUCGAGGAUCUUAAAUGUGAUCCCGAGACUGCCGCUGAGAUUGUUCAGUACUGUGGUGAACUUGAGGAGAUCCUAUCGCAGCUGCCCGCAGAGUAUCAUGAGAAGGAUACUAACACUCCUUCGAAGCAGUGGAAGCAGAUGGGUGGAAAGGACCACGCUAGAGAUUCAGACAUUCACCACUAG